AUGGGGUCUAUAGUGAAAACCCUAACCGGCCGUCGUGAAAGCCCUAAUCGCGGAGGCGGAAAGAAAGACGAUGGCUCCAGCACCGUCGUGUUGAAGCUGGACUUGAAUUGCGAAGGCUCUGCGAAGAAAGUAAAGCACUCCGUUUGUCAUUUUGAAGUGGAUCUUGAUUUGAACCUAGAACAUUUGGACCCACCUCUGAAUUCAGAUUCGAGAUUUGGAUCUAAGUUGAAUGAGUUGGAAACUACCCAUGGUAGGAUAGAGGAAAGGAUUAGAGAGCUUGAAGCUAUCAUUGCUCGUGCUAGGCAUCGCCAAUUGCGUAAUGCUCUUAAAAUAAGCGACUUUUCUGGUGCACAUGUGGAUAGAGGUGGCAAGGGAACCUAUAUUGACUUGUUGCGUGUAAUGGAAUCGAUCUUCAAACAAGGCAGUGGUUGGGCCUAUGUUCAGGUUAAGCAGAGAUACAGACAGUACCACCACUGCUCUGGCUCUGCAAACAAUCCCAAAGCAAUUCCGGUGGCUUCCUCUCAUGCCAAUGUUCAAACUAGGACUGGGCCUACGGACACUGCUACCUACCAACAGACACUGUAUUCUCAGCCUUGUACACCAGCAAGCAAAAGAAGCUGA